AUGCCAGUCAAAGGUUCUUUUGUCUUCUUUCUUUCCACUCCUGCAUGUUUUCUGGAGUAUCGCAAUGCACCUUUCCGUGGCCGUAACAGUAAGGUACAACCUCGGAGCAAGCACUUGGCAAGUCACGGCGCUGCAAUUCUGGACAUGUGCCUUUCCCUCAUUUCCUCUCCUCAGGCUCUUAUGGGAGAGGGAGGCGAGGGAAGGGCAAUGCGUUGUCCAGCGGGAAAACCGGAGUGGCAGCAGUCUCACGAAUGUAAUGGGGCGGGGGGUCAAGAUGCGAUAAAACAACUUCGUCGUGGCCGUCCUCCUCAGAGUAUGACACAUUCAUUCUAUCUUACUGUUUCAGUGUAG